AUGGCGCUCGCCCUCUCGCGGUUCGGCCCCCCGUCCGUCUUCCAACUGCGCUCGCUGCGCCCCGUGUCGGCCAACAUCGUCUCGUACGGCCGCGAGACGUACUCCCGACGCUGUCCGACGCUCUACGUGCUCCGCGUGAGUCGCAGUGGGACUGCCGACUGGUACGUGGCCAAGCGCUACUCGGAGUUCCGCGCGCUGCACGAGACGCUGGGGCGCCACUUUAGUACCAGACAUAGCAGCAACAAGCGGCACGCGGGCUGCAGCGCCUGUGAGGAGCUCGGGAGCUUUUACAGCAGUGUGCGCUUCCCCGAUCGGCACAUUUUCCAGUCAGGUCUGCGCUUUUCCAAGAAGCGACUGGACGCCUCGAGGAUGGAGGAGCUCAAUGGCUACAUGCGCUUUCUCCUUGAGACGACACAGGGACUGCUGGGCGACGAAGAAGCGGGAGAGAGUUGCGACGGGACAGAGACGUUGGCUUGGGACGACAAGGAGAAAAAAGCAAAGGGGGAAGAGGACAUUCGAUGUCCAGUGCUGGACCUCAUUCGGGAGUUCUUGAUGGUGAAUGAAGACCACGUGACUGAGGCGAACGCUCGGACGUUUGAGGACGAAGAGGCGGACAGCAAUGGUCGACCAUCGUCGACCGAAGGAGGACCAGCGGCGCCAAAGCGGCAGCUGCAUCGCCUCUCUCGACGCAGCUCGUCCGUGACGAGCUUCCACGUGCGGGAGCUGGACCUUGUGUCGCCCGAGAAGAAGAAGAAGGUCUCGCCGACUACAGGUGACUCGAUGUGCAACUCGUUUGCCGAGGACUGGUGGGACCCCACGUUUGCAGACGUGUUCGACGAGACGGUGGCCCCACCCGAGAACGCGUUCAUCCAUCGCCAGGUCGAAGACGUCUCCCGCCCGCUGCGGUUGUGUGAGAGCUAUCCACGCCGCUAG